AUGCAAAGCAGCCGGGUUCCGCCGGCCCUCAGCGUCACCGCGGAAAGCUGCAUCCCGGCUGGCCUGCGCCUGGGUCCUGUCUCCGGCACCUUCAAACUGGGCAAGUACCUGUCCGAUCGCAGGGAGCCGGGACCCAAGAAAAAGGUGCGGAUGGUGAGAGGGGAACUGGUGGACGAAGCCGGAGGCUCCGCUGUGGAGUGGAUAGGGUUAAUCCGGGCUGCCAGGCACGCGCAGGAACAGAACUUAGAAGCUAUCGCAGAUCUGCCAGGCGGACAGAUUUUCUACCGGGCUCUGCGAGAUGUUCAGCCUGGGGAGGAGUUGACCGUGUGGUAUUCCAGCUCCUUGGCUCAGUGGUUUGAUAUCCCGACCACGGCGACUCCAACACACGACGAAAAAGGCGAGGAGCGCUACAUCUGCUGGUACUGCUGGCGAACCUUCAAGUACCCCAACAGCCUCAAGGCCCACGUCCACUUCCACUGCGUGUUGAACCACGGCCGCGGCUUCCUGGGCCCGGAGCAUGCCAGGCCAGCGGAGCUGUUCAGACUGUCCCCGAAGCCUGCAGCGGCGCCUGCGCCCUUGAGGUCCAAUUGCUCUGGCGGAGCCAGGGAAAGCAUCAAGCGAGAAUCCUCCACCUCGCCGCCAUUGGCCAAAGCAGGAGGGGGCGGGCGCAAGGUGGCCAAAGAGGAGCAGGAGCGAGCCCUGGACAUGAGCGUCAGCUCGGGGCGAGGGCCGGGGCAGUUCUUGGGCUUGCUGGGCAGCCCCUCUGGAGGCAGCAACGGCUUGUCCUUCUACCCCGGCGUGAGGUCCGCCUUCAAGCCCGCUGGGCUGGCCAAAGCCAACCCGGCGGACUCUGCUUUCCGGGAGGAGGGCAAAGCCAGCGGUUUCAGCAAGCUCUUGGGCAGCUUCAAGCCCAGCCGCUCUAGCGGCGAAGGCCCGCUAGGCGUGGCCGGCAGCCCCCACAGCCACCACCACGCCCACGCGCCUCAUCAUCAUCAUCACCACCACCACCCAAAAUGCCACGCGGCGGCAGCUGCACCAGCCCCACCUCCUGCCUCUGCAGCGGCUGCCGCCGCCGCAGCAGCAGGGCUCGCGUACUCGGGCGGCGUAAGGGGAUUCCCGCUCUUUUCUCACUUCGAGGAAACCUCCGCCUUCAAGCACGUGGAGAGGGGUCUCCACGCCAGCCUGUCGCCUCCUAGCAGCCGCUACCCUCAGCUGCCCAGCGGGGCCGGACUCCACCUGGAGCGCUUCGCCGCCCUGCCGCCCUUAGAGGGGCUCAAGCCCUACUCAGCCGCCACCGCGGCCUCGGGGGAAUGUAACCUUCCGCCUUUCAUGCCUUUCACCGUCUACAACGGCGAGCUGCUCUACAGCGCCCCCUAUUACCCGCUCAAGUUCCACUUCGGCAACCUCCUCAAGUACCCGGACUCGGUGUCCUAUUUCAACGGGGCCGCUGCGGCCGCUGCCGCCGCUGCAGCAGCGGCCGCCGCCGCCGCGGGGCUCAACCCAGCCGAGCUGGGCUCCUUGGCCAGCAUCGACCGCGAGAUCGCCAUGCACACACAGCAGCUGUCGGAGAUCGCAGCCGAGAAGAGCCGCGGCCGCUUGGAGAGCUUGCAGUCGGCGCCUGCGGGCCCGGCCAGCGGCAAGCCCAAGACGGGCCACUUGUGCCUGUACUGCGGCAAGCUGUACUCCCGCAAGUACGGCCUGAAGAUCCACAUGCGGACUCACACCGGCUACAAACCGCUCAAGUGCAAGGUCUGCCUGCGGCCCUUCGGCGACCCCAGCAACCUCAACAAGCACAUCCGCCUGCACGCCGAAGGCAACACCCCCUAUCGGUGCGAGUUCUGCGGCAAAGUGCUGGUCAGGCGCAGGGACCUCGAGAGGCACGUCAAAUCCAGGCACCCUGGCCAGAGCUUGCCCAAGGGCGGCGGCGCGGAGGACAGGAGUGACGCAGCCGCAGAUCCCGCCGGCUACGCACAUCAGGAGCCAAAGACUGACAACGAGAGCGACGUCGAUGUCUGCUUCACGGACGAUCAGAGCGACCACGACACAGGCAGUAGCAGCGGCGGCAGCGGCGGCGGCAGUCGAAGCAAAGAGCAAUAAUAGGAGGACAACUCCCUUGUGGGGUGGCGGGGGAGGGGGAGGGAGUCACCCCGCAAAGGUUGUUUCGUUGUUGCCACUGGUCGGGCUUUGCUGGAUCACUCUUUGGCGAAUGAGUCGGACAACAAGACUAAAAGCAAACACAACACACAGUGUGGACGCGUGGGAAACUGCCCCGCCCCGCGCCGAAAGUUUUGCUCCACCUCAGCCCUGGUUAUGAUCCUUCUUAAGGUGUCCCCAUAUACAACAUCAAAAAUCAGCUUCCAAGUCCCCCCUUCCCCCAUACUAUGGCUGAAAUAUGGCUCUACAGUAAAUGUAGAUGUACCUGGGGCGAAUCCCUUACUACUUCAGACACCUCUGGCCGAGCACAUCUCUCCUCAGUCACUGAUUUCUCAGGUUAGAAUCAUCUUCUGGAGGAUGCUACAAUCAUCUUCUGGAGGAUGCUACACCCAAAUCUGUCAGGGUACCCGUCCCAGUACGGAACAGAUCCUUGAUGACCUCGGAGGCUGCCUAGCCUCAGCCCUGAAAAAGCAUUCAGUGGUACUCAGUGCCAGUCUAAGCACGUUUCCUCUGCAGUAAGUCCAGCUAAUUUCAGUGGGACUUCCAUUUAAGUCAUGCUUAGGCAGCCCCUGAGUUGUAGACUUGUUGCGAUCAGGAUGCGCCUCAAAGGACAAAGAAAAUGGGUAGCCGUCCAAGUCUACAGUCGAGUUAAAGCAAAAGACAUGAUUUGCUUGCUUAACUAGACCACCACCGAUUCCAGUGGGAUUUAAAUGUCCAAAUGAUAUUUUAGGGUAAGGGGUGUUUGACCUUUCCUCUGACCUAAGCACAGUUAGGCCGGCCUCUCAAUUUAGAAUUGUCCACGGAUUCAAGCCAAGCUUCGCUUUCAUUGAAAUCCGUGGGACUUCAGCAUAAAUGUGUGGUGGAUGGGGUGCCCCCUGUGGAUUUAUUUCCAAGUUAAUGAGUUCAAGGCGGAAUCAUCUCCACUCAAGCGUGCCUUAGGGUUAACUAGGGUGCGGACAAGAAAUGAAGGUGCGUUUUGCUCUCCAAGAGGCAGCAGGGUCCUUCAGCAUUUAGCAGCCAUCUUUUUUCUAUUGUACCGUCGCAGGGAGGAAACUGUGCCUUUUUGUGGAAUGGGCGUGGCGUUGGGGGAGAAAGAAAGUUGACUUUUCAAAAAUACUUACAAAGAAGUAUUUUGUCUUUCUUGUUCUAGCCAGUUCCAGGUUCUAGAUAUGAAGAAUUAAUUCCCGUUAUUGCAGUCCUAAGCAUAUCCCAGUGAGGCAGCUGCACUUCCUCUGCACUUGAGUACAUUAUCGGGUCUAAAUUUCAAGCAUCUCAAGAAAUAAACACACUGACCUUCCUAAAGGAAGUCUCGUUGAGUUAAAUGGGAUUUUAUUUUCUAGGUUAGGAUUACAGCCUGGAUUACAGUUUUAGGUGGAGACUAUAUUAACUACCUUUCAGGGGAACUGACUUUCCAAGAAGCUUGCAGUCCUAUCCGCACUUAUGCUGGGUAAUUCCUAGUGAAAUCAGUGGGACUGUCUGUCGAGCCCCCAGUUAUGAUCGCACAGCAGGAUUCGGGCGUUGGAGCCCGUGUGGUAAUAGACACCCCGUUUGCAAUUUAUUUAUAACAAUAAUCUUUGGGUAACAUUUGUAAAAUAAAUAUUGAAAGCAUGAAUAAUAAAAGCACGUUCUAUAUCAUUUUCAAGAAGAAACUUUUAUGGGUUUCGUAGGCUACAUAUGUGGUGUAUGUUUGUUUUAUAUUAUAAUGAAUGAUGUACAGUGGAUACAGUAUUUUGGUCUUGUUUGCAGUUUGUCAUGAUUUCUUUCUUUCUUUCUUUUUUAAUAAAGUAACUGACAAACUAC